AUGACGUCCAAGAGAAAGCCGGCUGUGACCGCGUCGCAGGGGAAGAAAAACCCCAAAAAGGUGAAGCAACGGGUGGGACCGCUCCCUGUGACAUUGCUAUCGGGGUUUCUGGGGAGUGGCAAAACAACACUCCUUCAGCACAUACUACAGAGUGACCACGGGCUACGCAUUGCCGUAAUUGUCAACGACAUUGGUGCUGUGAAUGUCGACGCUUCGAUCAUCCAGUCCACCCACCGCAUACACAAAACAGAAGAAAAGGUCAUUGCACUGCAGAAUGGCUGCAUCUGCUGCACACUCCGCCAAGAUUUGCUAUCUGAACUGGUCGAACUGUCGGAGAAACAUGCCUUCGACUACGUUAUCAUCGAGAGCAGCGGAAUUAGCGAACCAGGCCAAGUCGCCGAGAGUUUCGACUCCAAGCUAACAGAGCACAUGUACCAGGUUUUGAAGGAGGAGGGACAAUUGGAUGAGGGUGGCGCCUUGAAGAAACUGCAUAAAGCCGGCGAAGCUGGCAUGGGAAAAUUUGCCCGCCUGGACACCACCGUGACCGUCAUUGACACGUUCACCAUGUACAACGACUUCAACACAGCGGAUUUACUCUCCAGUCGCCGCAACGAUGUGACGCCAGAGGACGAGAGAACGGUAUCCGACCUGAUGGUUGACCAGAUUGAGUUCGCCGAUGUCAUUAUCCUCAACAAGACUGAUGCAGUCGAUAUGGCGGUCCUGGCCGAGACCAAGGCCCUUGUGCGGACCUUGAAUCGCGAAGCUAAGAUCUUGCAAGCCAGCUACGGUAAGGUCAAUGUAGGAGAACUCGUCAACACGGGUUUGUUCAGUCUGGACAAGGCCCAAACAAGCUCGGGGUGGAUGCGAGACUUACAUGAGUUGAUGCUUAGGGAGGUAAACGGAAAGACUGCAAUCACUCCCAAGCCAGAGACGGAGGAGUACAAUGUGCGCAACUUCGUUUACAAGCGGCAUCGUCCUUUCCAUCCAGAGAGGCUCUGGAGACUGGUGCACGACAAAUUCAUCCUGCAGCUCGAGCACCCCGAAGAUGACGCGGAUGAUGCUGUUAAAACAUCAGAAAAUGCAAGCAAACAGCCAGCUGUGGUUGCAAUAGACAGUGGCAACAGCGAGGACGAGGCAAUGGAAGACAUCCCGGAAGAGACGGAAGACGGGGAUUCGGACGACCAAGACACUGAUGCGGAGGGCGAGGCCUCCACUUCAGGCGCAUCAGAGGUUUCGAGCUCUGCUCAAACGGCCGUAACAUCUCCAACGGCCAGCAAGCACGAGGUCAAUGUCGUCAAUACCAAAGAUAUCGACAUGGAAUCAGCCGACUCGGAGGCAGAGGACCUAGCUACGCCUCCCAAUGACAUCGUUCUGGCCAACAAACGUGCCCACCCGCUGUUUGCUCGGCUCUUCCGGUCUAAGGGCACCUACUGGCUCGCAACUCGGCCUGACUACCGCGGGAUCUGGUCGCAGGCAGGAGCAAUGCUCACACUGGUCGGCGGGACCAGAUGGGACAUCACCCUUACCCCGGAGCAGCUAUCACAGCUGUACCACGAAGACACGACCGACCCGGAGAUAAUGAAACAGGUCCGGUAUGACAUGGACAGUGGUGGCGAGUGGGGAGACCGGAGACAGGAGAUCGUGCUUAUUGGAGAGAAGCUUGAUGUGAAGGGCAUCGAGAAGGUCCUGGAUGACUGCCUGCUGACUGACGUUGAGUGGAAGCGCUGGAAGCGGAGGAUGAGGGCGGUGGAAAAGAGUCAAACGGAGCUCAGAGCUGUGAUGGAGAAGCUGGAUGCUGCAAAAGAAAGCUUAAUUGGCGGAUUUGAGGAUGCGUUUCCCGAGUGGGAGGGCCAUUUCCAAGACGAAGAAUAUGGACAAGACGAGGAUGAAGAUGAGGAUGCGCACGAUUUGCAUCAACACUAA